AUGGAGACCGUCACCUUUGCCGAAGAAGAACUGACCACUAUGAAGUACGUCAACGAGUCGAACUUGUUUACGGUCGAGGAGAUAAACUCAUUUUUUUUUUACGAAACUAUCCAGUUCACAGUCUUGUGGAUAUUGUUCCUGUCGAUCGUACUUGGUAACGGAGCCGUACUGGUGGCGCUGUCGUUCAAUAAGGCCCGCAAGAACCGAAUGAACUUUUUUAUCAUGCACCUGGCACUGGCUGACUUAUUGGUGGGACUGGUGAGCGUUAUGAUCGACAUGAUAUGGAGAACAACCGUCACCUGGUCAGCCGGUCCGAUUGCUUGCAAAGUCGUCAAGUAUUUACAGGUGGUCGUCACGUAUUCGUCUACGUACGUCCUGGUCGCACUCAGCAUCGACAGAUACGACGCCAUCACGCACCCGAUGAACUUUUCCAGUAGCUGGCGUCGGGCCAGAGCAUUGAUCGGAUGUGCUUGGAUUUUGAGUUUUGUUUUCGCCGUACCCAGUGUAUUUAUUAACGAAGAGACUAUAAUAGAAGGUCGCACUCAGUGUUGGAUCGAAAUGUCUCCUUGGCAAUGGAAACUGUACAUAAGCAUAGUGGCGACGACGGUGUUCGUCGUGCCGGCAAUAGUCAUCAGCGGAUGUUACGCCAUUAUCGUGUACACGAUCUGGUCCAAAAGCAAACUCCUGUCACCGGCCAAAAAUAACACUCUACAACGCGGCACCAAAAAGCCCGAAGAGCACGACAUCAGAAGGUCCAGUUCACGGGGCAUCAUACCGAAAGCGAAAAUCAAGACCGUAAAAAUGACAUUCGUCAUUGUGUUUGUGUUCAUCCUGUGCUGGAGCCCGUACAUAGUGUUCGACCUGCUACAAGUGUACGGCUACAUACCGAAAACGCAAUCGAGCGUAGCCCUAGCAACGUUCAUACAGAGCCUGGCGCCACUGAAUUCUGCCGCCAACCCCAUCAUAUACUGCUUGUUCUCCACUCACAUUUGCAGAUCUCUCAGGCAAGUGCCGCCGUUCAGAUGGUUGUUGUGUUGCCGGAACGGAACACAAGAGCAACUGAGCUACACGGAAACACUAACAUCGUCUAAUCGACAGGUGAACACAUCUCUGCUGAGGAACGCCACCGUACACGUGCACUCGGUGGUCAGGGCUCCUGUGUUAGACCGAAUGGGCAUAUCGACGGAGAAGAACAGCUACGCCGAUUCGCUGCUUUAA